UCCAGGAUCAUGUUAGAAGACGCGAUUUUCUGUAAAUUCAAGGAAAAGAACGCGAUUAAGUUCUACGAUUCGCCGCAAAACUGUGUCCUGAUAACGUACGGUGAACUAUGGAGUUCGAUGAAGAAAAUUGCGGAUGUAAUUCGGGAGCAAAACCACGUUGGAAGAUGGAUCGGGGUGAAGUUGCCACACUCGGUCGCUCUGAUUGCCGUUAUCGCCAGUAUUAUCAAAUCCCGAAACAGCUUCUUCUGUCUUGAUCCGCAGCUGCCAACGAAAGAAACGACAUUCUCCCGUGAAUGUGCGGCAAUCUUUUAUGCUGCCGAUGAAGAACCGUGCGAAGGCUACAUACCGCUCCUUAGUAUUCGCGUGGCAAGCACGAAACUUACGCUGGCCAUUUCACCGUCCAGUGAAGAUUGCAUGCGUACCUCUGCGGGUUUCUGUGUGCACACAUCUGGCUCAACAGGCCCACCAAAAACGGUCUUUGUUCCGCAAGAAUGUAUCCUGCCGAACGCAUCGGUGUUGUCCGAACGCUUCCAGGUUAGCGACGGCGAUGUAAUCUUCGCGUCCUCACCACCUACCUUCGAUCCGUUCGUGCUGGAUGUCCUGCUGGCCCUACGGAAUGGUGCAACGUUGCUGUUGGUUGCAAAUGAAUUGCGUUUAUCGGCGACGAGGCUGCUUCCUCUGCUGUUUCCAGGGGUAACCAUUAUGCAGAUGACGCCGUCUAUGUUUAUGCGCUGGAGUCCGGAAGCGAUAGCGGAAAAGAUUCUGUCUCCGCAAACCACUCUGAGAAUACUCGUUCUCGGUGGAGAACCUUUCCCCGCAUUUCAAAUUCCUGUCGAUUCCCAAACGAUCCUAUUCAACAUCUACGGUAUCACGGAAGUGUCCUGUUGGAGCACGAUGGAACAGGUGACGAAGAUCGGGGGUGGUACAGUGUCGCUCGGGCAACCUCUUGAUCCUUCGAUCGUUUUGGAACUACGUAGCACCGUCGAUGGCAAACGAUUAGAGGAACCGGAUGAGAAAACCUCGGUCGUUGGUCAACUGUUUAUUGGUAGCAGCACAAGAAAGUGCCAGAUAAGUGGUGAAAUGUCGGUAGGAAGUAGCGACGACCAGCCACUGUUCCGUGCAACGGGAGAUUUGGUGGAGCUCACUGAAGACAUGCGUUACAUUUACCGAGGAAGGUGCUGCCGAACGAUCAAGCGCAUGGGUUGUCGGGUCAGUUUGGAUGAGCUUGAAGAGUGUCUCAGCCUGCACGAGGACGUGAUACGGUGCGCCACAUGUAUUUUUGAGCAAGACACACACUUGAUUCUAUUCUUCCAAUCUCACUCCACCGAAGAUGCGAUCGAACGGAAGCUGUGGUCGUUCCUCCGUUCCAAGCUACCACCAAAAAUGCUGCCAGAUGAACUGGCCCGUAUCGAGAGUUUUCCACUAUCGGCUCAUGGCAAAAUAUGCCAGGAAGGAUUAGUUAAAGCAUACGAGCAAAUGAAACAAACUAUGAUCGAGGAAUCGUCCAAUCCCGUGGAAUACUUUUACCGGCAGCUCAUUGUCAUAGGUGUACUGCCGCAGCUGAUAACGAAUCAUUCCAUAGAUUCGCAGACUGCGAAAAAAGCAAAACUAAGCUCGUUCAGCGAUUUGGGAGGCAGCUCCCUCGCCGCCUUGCGACUGCACGCCACGAUGAAAUCAAGAUACGGCGUAGAGUUGCCAGAUUUGCUUACAUAUCUUCUGGAUCCGACCGUGUCGUUGCAUGAUGCUAUACGGUACUUGGAAGCGGAAACAAGAAAUCAUUUCCCUGUGAUAGACACGCUCACAUCGUCGAAGGAUUCGUUAGCGAGCGACAAAAUAACAAUCGUCUGCAAGUAUGACCUAGGAAAGUGUAUCGAUGCUCGUCCAUCGGCCGUUUCCUCCGCAUCCGGUACGAUCGUUAGCGUUGGCAGUCACUCCGGAGUGUUGCUGACGAUCAACGCCGGUACGAACGAAGUGCUCUCGCGGAUACAGCUUCCCGAUCGGAUUGAAUGUUCGGUUAGUUUUCUCCCGUCAAGCGACAGUCCUGAUUGUGUGCAGUCCGGACUGGUAGGCUGUUACGAUGGGUACUUGUACUGUUUCAAUCCACUCGCUGGAACGAUCUUGUGGAAGUACAAUGCUGGAGGAAUGAUCAAAUCGACUCCACUAGUUCUUCCAUCCACUUGCACAACCAUCAUCGUCGGUAGUUACGGCACAGCACGGAAUCUGCACUGUCUAAUGCAGAAUGGUACGGUGUGCUGGACACGGCGAAUUGGAACCAAACCGAUACUAGCCGCACCAGUAGCAGUGAAUGGCGCGAGCGUCUUUGUGGCCACAUUGGAUGGAACACUUGCGUUACUCGAUGCGUCGGAUGGGAGUAUCCGAUGGGAGAGGAGGAUUUGCAGCAACGUGCCCGUAUUCAGUUCACCUGUGUAUGCUGAAGAUCUCGAUUCCAUUUUCGUAUGUGGAGUAGAUGGAACACUGUGCGUGCAUGACGUUGCCAGCGGGAAUGAGCUUACCACUUACAAACUAGCUGGCAGCGUAUUUUCUUCUAUGUCUUUCCGAAACCAAUCGUCCGGUGCAUAUCUAUUUGUUGGGUGCUAUGACAACCACGUGUACUGUCUCGAUUAUGACCAAGGGAAAGUAAGACUCAGCUGGAAACUAGCACUGCAAUCCCAAAUCUACGCAACCCCAUUGAUAAUUGGUGAUAAACUGCUGGUGUGUACUACGGUCGGUUACGUUAAUGUGAUCCAUUUGGGUGCUUCUGGCCAUAAACAUGAUCGGUAUGAAAUCGUAGCGCAGCAUCAAAUGGAAGGAGAACUCUUUGCGACACCUCUCGCAAUCGGUGCAACAGUUUACGCUGGCUGUCGGGAUAACUUUUUGUAUAAAUUCCAAAUUGGCUCGUGAUAGUUUAAAACAGAAAAAUGAAAUACAGUCAA